AUGGCAACCACGACGGCCACCGCCGACGUGACUCUGGUCGGCACUAUUCGUGCCACAGCUGUCUCAGCACCCCCUCCUCAGCAGACCAUGAAGGCUGUCCGCUUCCACGGCAAACGUGACAUUCGCCUUGACACCAUUGCUGCUCCCAAAGUCGGCCCUGGAAAGGUCAAGAUUGCUCCCAAGUUCUGCGGCAUCUGCGGAUCAGACUUGCACGAGUAUCUUGGCGGCGCCAACCUGAUCCCCAAACCCGAAAACCCACACCCCAUCACCAACGAGACUUUCCCCCUUACCCUUGGCCAUGAAUUUUCUGGCAUUGUCGAGGAGGUUGGUGAGGGCGUGGAGUCUGUCAAGCCCGGAGACCGUGUAUGUGUUCAGCCCAUCAUCUACGACGGGGACUGUCGCUCGUGCGUCAGAGGACUCGUCAACUGCUGUGAUCAAAACGGUUUUGUUGGCCUCAGUGGAUGGGGCGGUGGCUUGUGUGAGACCAUGGUUGUUCCCGACUCUUGUGUUAAACAGCUUCCCGACAACGUUUCACUCGAAGAGGGCGCUCUAGUUGAGCCUCUCGCUGUGGGCUGGCAUGCCGUCGACAUUUCCCCCUUCAAAGAGACUGACAGUGUCUUGAUCCUCGGUGCUGGUCCCAUCGGCCUGGCCGUCGUACAGGUCUUGGUAGGACGCGGCUGCAAGAACAUUAUCGUCACUGAAGUCAGCAGCAAGCGAAGAGAGUUUGCAACCCAGUUCGGAGCACACCACACCAUUGACCCCAUCAAUGAGAAUGUGGUAGAAAGAGUGGAGGAACUUACUAGUGGUCUGGGUGCAGACGUUGCCUUUGAUGCCGCCGGUGCUCAAGCCGCUCUCGACACUGCGUUUAACGCACUCAAGGCCCGAGGCACCCUGGUCAACAUUGCUGUGUGGGAAAAGCGAGCCAACUUGGCCAUGAAUGGGCUUGUUUUCCGCGAGAGAGGAUACAUGGGAGUUGCUACCUACAGUCUCGGAGACUUUGAGGCGGUCUUGGACGCAAUUUCGACUGGCAAGAUAAAGCCUGCCAGCAUGAUUACCAAAACCAUCAAGCUUGACCAGGUUGUCGAGGAAGGCUUUCACGCCCUCAUCAACGAUAAAGAAAACCAGGUUAAGAUUCUCGUCGAUGUUGGUGCUGGAAUGUCCACCUCUACAUGA